AUGGCGUGGAGCGCACUGCUCUUGCUAUGGGUGGUCGCAGUGGUUGCUGAUAAACACGAGGAGUCGAGCUCAACAGACCCUGAGAAUACGACAACACAAACUCCUCCAAUUCCCCUGAGACCAGAAUAUGCGCAUCCAGCGGGUGUUGAAGCAUUGGACCCCUACAACUCAGAGAAGAAUCCUCCACCACAUAGAGACUAUUUGGAAGAAGAUUACGACCACGAGGGUCACAAGGAUGACGACCAUGAUAACAGAGAUGAUGCAGACGAGCUGCCGUCUCUCUCUGGAGAUCAUUUGCUACAGAGUUCCUCUGAGUUACCAAUGUUCUUGCUAGAACCUCAACAUGCAUAUGUGGUGCGAAACAAACCAGCUACGUUGCGGUGUCGUGCGGCAAAUGCAUUACAAGUGUACUUUAUGUGUAACGAUGUUAGGUCAGUGGGAAGUACUCAGUUUGAGUUCGUGGACCCUCAAAGUGGGAUCAGAAUUGUGGAAGCCGAGUGUAAUGUGACGAGGGACCACUUGGAGGAAUAUUUUGGUGAAGAUCGCUUCGCGUGCAAAUGUCAUGCGUGGAGCAGUCGGGGAGAUAUAAGGAGUCAACCAGCGAUUGUGGAGUUAGCUUGUAAGUAA